AUGUUGACCUUGACGACUGUUACGAGGUCGGAUGAGGGAAGAGGCAGCACCGGCGAACAGGGUAUCAAUCAUCCACCCAACGGGACUUCAUGCGAAACCAUCACGAUUCAGUCCGUUCCUGCGAGUGGACCCGCACUACAAGUUACUAUAGCCGACACCGAAGCAACAACCCCCUCGGAAAAUCCACUUGCUCCCAGCGCCAACAUCCAAGAAGCAGUGAAUAUCGCUGCUGCUACCGCAGAAGUCGGUCCAAUGAUUUGGCAAGCGACAACGGUUCCGGCGAUAAACUACCGACACAAGGUGCCACGAUACCCCCACUCUCACUUUCGACGGGCGCAAUGCCACAAGUGUAUCAGGAUUCACGGUGUCUGCACCCUGUGUAAUCAGAUCCAUGUGGCCGAAAGGGAGAGCAAAUUCGUAACAAAGAUACCGUACGACGUCUUGGAGGUCAUCAUGAUCAACAUGAACCCGGCCCAUCUUUUCGCCCUAGCAAGAACUUGUUGGCACUUUAGGCAGGCAGUUGCCUUAUGGCUCAGAAACAACACCGUCCGACUAGUAACCCGCAGAGGGAUAUCCAACACUGCGCGUCUGCUGCACGCGAUCAAUCGCUUUCGGUGCAUGAUCGCGGGACCUGACAUGCUCGGUAUAUGGUUUCCGGGCCUGGAGUCCAGAACGGGUCUGCAUAUAUUCCUUUCCAACAACUACAGGGCGAAGACAGAGAUCCGAGCCAUACUUUCGGACAACAAAUUCACUAGAGACGAUAUCCAGGAAGCUCUGACGGACAUCAGUCCGUACAAGGCCAAAGCCAUAUACCCCGAAUUUGGAACUACGGUAGAGUAUGUCGAGAUUUGGAGGAAAGAGGGUGCGAUGCCAUGCUACCUGAUCAUGUCCAAAUUCGCAGAUCCAAUGGCCACGGUCGCCGAACUCCCGAACACUUUGUUCAUGCUCGGAACAGACGGAAGGGAUGCGGUCAUGAUGUACCCAAGAUACACGUUGAGGUUGGAAGGCGUAUCCAACUACGAUUACUUCGGUCAUGAAAUCAUUGAAGAAUGCACACACUAUUCCCGUUACGGGUUUGUUGUGUGGGAUCACGACACCUUCAUGCCUGUCACCUCCCAUUCGACGUGCGGAUAUCAUGUCGACUGCCUCUUCACAAUCCGAAACUCGCACGACAAUCAAGUUCUUCGUACUCGACUUCGACCAGCCGACAGAAUAGAAAAAUCAAUUAAACCAAUUCAAUGGCCUUGCCCUUUCUCUCUUUGGAGAUUGCGCUGUCACGAUAUAUGCAACAAUCACCCUUUCCCAUACGACGUGAACGCGAACAGACCUAUCUAUCAAUGUAACUCAAGGGUGAUCAAACAACAAACAAACGAAGCCAAAGACGAUGCCACAUAUAAAAAAAAGGCACAUCGCAACGCCCUGAACUACAAACAAAGACGGGCGAUCUGA